AUUUAUAAUUUUCACUUUUCACUAAAAAUUUUGUUACACAAUGUAACGAUAAUGGAUGAAGAAAACUUACAAAUAUCUUCAAAAAAUUCUCAUCGUUCAUUUAAAUUACUCGUUCGCGACGAAAUAUUCCUUAUUGAUGCUGAAUGGCUAUCAAAAUUAUCACCAAUAUUUGCGAAAAUUUUGGAAGAAAAAGAUUUUGAAAAUGGAGAAUUAUUACGCGAAAUUGUCGAUGAAAGUAGCGCUGAUAUUGCAGAUUUUUUACAAUGUCUCAAAAAUUUUUGCAAUAUCAACAACGAAAAUUUUAAAACGAUAAUACGUUUGGCAAAAAAAUAUCAAAUUGAAUGUUUGAUAAAUGCAUGCGAAAAUUAUAUCAGAAAUCAAUGUGAUAUUAAUAUGAAAGCGAAUGAAGCUUUGUCAAUGUUAAUUAUAGCAUUUGAAGAACAUUUAAAAAAAGAUACCAUAAAAAAAUUAAUUGAACGAAUUGCGCACGAAGAUAAAACAAACCUCCAACGCAUGAAAAUUGGUCGCGUCCUCAAUCCGCAGGUUUAUUUUUCAUUUUUCCAUUUUUUUGCAAAUUUAAAUGUAACAAAAAUAAAUGAAAUAAAAACGAUGAAUAAACACCUACUGAAGCAAGUUCGAAAUAAAAUACAAUAUAAACGAGCACAGUGCGAUUUUUGCAAAAAAAUUACUGAUUCAGCAUUUUGUGAAGGUUGCAAACUUCAUUUAUGUCAUUCGCAUUGGACAAACAAUGAAUGUGUAAGCGAUUAUGCAAAUCAAAUUUUAAAUGAUUUAAAAUCAAAUUUAGUUGAAUUUGAAUGGAAUGAAUAA